AUUUUUGAAUGCGUCAACUGCUUCUUCUGGUGACUGGAACCUUUGACCCCACAGUCUGUUUUUAAUUUUCGGGAAAGUAAAGAAAUCGUUAGGACUUAGAUCGGGACUAUAUGGAGGAUGGAUGAUUCUUCUUUCAAGGUUGAAUCUUCGAAGCUCGGUGAUGACUUUUGGCAAACAAAUGGUGGUAUACCAAUCCGCAGUAACAGUUCUUUGCUCAUUAAGAGGAGUUGUUGCAAUAUGACCAGCUCUUGAUACCAAUGUCGCCUGUAGUGAGAACAUUGCACGUAUUGUUGUGAAACUUUGAAUUUAAGUUUACUAAAGAGGAAGGCUAAGAUUCAGUACUGACGUUCGAUCCGCGCGGCCUAUUAUGUUUCUAUAUGCAAAACUUAAAAGAUAUCCCUCGUACAAUCGAAGCUCGUU